GUUUACGUUUCCUUGUCGCUGCCGACGCUGGAUCGCAGGAUGAGGUCCCGGCGGAGCAGGUCGGUGCCGGGCACCCCCGCGGUGUCCGUGGCGUUUCCGGGCGCCGUGCGCCGGGGAAGCGGCUGCCGCUUCGCCUGCGAGCUCCUCAAGCAUGUGCUGCACCAGCGGAACCAGCUCCCGCUGCCCUACGAGCAGCUCACCUACUUCUGCCGGCGGGCGGCACAGGAUGGAGAUGGGAUUGAGAAGCCACCCUCCAUGGGCCUGGGAAGCAGCAAGUGCCAGCAGGUGCUAAUGGAGCUGGAGGGAUUGUUCCAGCAUCUGGAAGUCAUGUUUAGUUUGACACUGGUUCCCCGGGUUCUUUUCCUACUUGGAGGAAAUGUCAUGAACCCCAAGGAGCUCUAUGAGCUGAACUUAGAAGGGAUCUGCGAGGGCAGUGCUGAGGAGAGCCUACAGACUGCACCCUGUGUUCGCCAGCUCUUUCACAGCCUUUUUGUUGCAGACGUCUUCAGUGAACUGAAGGCUCUCCCUGUCACAGGCACGCUCGUCCUAGUCCAGGGCCACCGGGACUGUGGUGUUGAGUGGUUCCGGCCCAAACUGAACUACAAAGUGCCAACGCGAGGGAGGAAGCUAACUGUUAGAUUGUCCUGUGAGGGAGACCCCCACCUCAGUGCCUCACCUCCACAGCAUACAGCACCUGAGUGGGAGGACUACAUCUGGUUCCAAGCACCAGUGACCCUCAAAGGCUUUAGUGAAUGACUGGGCUCUGUAGAUGUCUAAUUGGAAUAUUAAUUACCCUUUGUUAAGUGUUAAUUUUAUCCAGUGUAACCAUGUAUCUUUUUCUGUCUGAAUUUUUUUUCUCCAGAGCGUUUACUGUCUUCGUGUAGCUUGGCUGCACUCAUCUCCCAUCACUUCCUGACUUCUUGUUGAAGGCAAAUCCCCUUUAAGGCAAAGGUGCAGUGAUUCCUUAGGGACUUGAGCUGUAGCAGAGCAGAUGAAUUAGUGUGUUGGGAUGCACCCUGCUGUGUGCUUAGAAGCAGUUGCAGCUCUUGGUACCCCAUUAACUGCUGCAGUGCCUACCCCACUUGAGUAAUCAAGUGAUUGUCCAUCUAUUUAAUAAAAUUAGACCUCCACACAACUCUAUUUCAGUUCCUUAAUGUUCCAAAGAGUGAGAUUUCUCAGCAGUUGGGAGAUCUUGUACCUAGUGCUAUCCUCUACUGGAAACUGAAAGUGCUUGACCAGUUCUGUGGAGGCAGGGUAGCAAUAAGCAAUAUUUUUUUUUUUUUAACAAAUCCUCAGUCCAACAGCCCUGACAAUCACUUAGAUAUACAGAUACAAUUAAAAGUAAGCAGUUUUUGCUAACCCUCUUCAGAAAAGGAGUUCUGCCUCAAUAGUGUAACUUAUUCUCACUAAACAACAAAGUAAGCAAGUUUCUUGCUUGCUUUUAUCUCUUACAAGUCUUGGACCUAAACUUUUCUAGAAUGGGUAGAAGUCAGGGGAUUGUGAUGAAGUUCAGCACUAUCUUUAUCUGCCAAAUUCCUGUUCCAAGUCAUAUUAUAUCACUUGGAAGCAGAUUUGAGCCUGUUCUUCUGAGCUGUUGUCAAGUGCAGAACAGGACAGGGAGAGAAAUCCUUAGAGUGUGGUGUGUUAUAAGUAGACACAUGCCUAGCUGACUGAAGAUGUAACAGCUAUCUGUGAUGUAAUGAGCUUUUAAUAGUUUCAAAUAACUGUCCCAUAUGAAGAGAAACUUGAGCCUACUGGUAGUGAAGGUGCUUGCAGUUAGUAGCCGAAAUUGCACAAUGGGAUGGUAAAAAUCCUUUGAAAAGAGUGUAAAGGUUUGAUGUAACCCUCUGCACUUGGUGCAUAUUUUAACUUUGACCUUUUGGAAUGGAUUGAGAUUAUAGAACUGGGAGGAACUUGAUUUGAUAUUUUUGAACUUGGAGAACACCAGGAGUGCUGUCUCUGCCAUAUUAUCCAUUACUGCACAUUGUAAACAGUUGUUAGCUGCUAAAACUUGUUCUAGGGGAGAAACUGCUAGAAUGAAGAAAGCUGCCUUUUGUGCAGUUGUCCACUUGAAUAUGUAAUCACAGGUUUUUGAAUGAAAUAUAACUUGAACAUAGGAGUGUUUGUGCUCAAGAGAUCAAAACCCUUUAGACUUCCACCAAAGCUGCUUGUAAUACAUAUUUAAGAAUGCUAGUGCCCAAGUAUUAAAGCUUUUGAACACAAGCCUUAGCCAGUUUCUUUCACGUCUCUGUCCCAGUUGAAUGCAAUGUUACUGCAAUAAACUGUUUACAUAUUCUGUUAUACUUGAACUGUGAAUUCAGCAAUGAUAUGGUGCUGGGAAUGAAAGAACACAAGAUGCUUUUGGGGUUUUUAAUUUUUUUUUGUUUUUUCUCCUUAUAAAAAUCUUUACAGCUUGAUUAACAAGUUUAGUACUGUAAUUAUUAUCAAAAUAAAAUGACAGUUUCUAUA